AUGUUCUUGGAUGCGUUGGAGUCCGGUGGUUUGGAUUUGAAAGAAUUGUUUGUAGGCAAUGAUCGAAGAAUCAAGUCCAUCCUUGUCGAUUUUUCUCAGUCUCAGCUUAAGGGAUUACGGGAGGCUUUUAUGGAGAAAUUUGGAAGUGCUGGUAAAGAAGUUGUUGAACAAUUGGCAUCUGGUUGUUUUAUUCACUUCAAGAGAAGUGUGAAACGGAUGGUAAAGGUUAUCCCAGUUGAAGAAGCUGUACGGACGAGAGUGGAAGGUUUGGCCAGUGAUAUUGAGAAGUUUAGGUCUGAGAAAGCAAUAACAACCAUUCUUGAUGCAAUUGAACUUUAUUGUCCAGGUGUGAAGUCGUGGUGUGAUUGGUGGCGGCAGUCGCAUAUUGUUAAAUUGUUACUUGCAACAAGUGCUGUGGAGAAUAAUCUACCAAGAAACACCAACGUCCAAGAAGUGUUAAAUGCUACAGGAGUACCCACUUAUGAUGGUAAUGCAAUCGUAGAAAUUGAAAUGAUGCUCCGAGAGGAUGUUACAGGCGUCAUUAAAUUAUUGGGCCUGAAUGAAAAUGUGCCACUUUCAUAUGCUGACAACACCAAGCAAGGAAGGAAGAAGAGAAACGAGAAGAGAAAAAGAGCCGACCCUUUCGAUUCCAGGCCUGCUGACACAGUGUCAAGAGGCUUGAUUCCAACAAACACCGCUCCUAUUGACGCUCUUGAAAACUUUUUAGAAGGAUUGAAAACAGACCAACGCACAGCAUUGGAAGAGUUCGCCGGUCAGGAAGCUGAUGAUGUAAUUGAAGACGAAGAUUUUCAAGAAGUGGGAGAUGGUGAAAUUGUUGAAGUGACGUCGGAAGAAGAAGAAAAAGUCGAAGAACCAAAGGCAAAGAAGAAAAAAGGAGCAACAACUCGAACAACAUCCCGUAAGAGCAAAAUUAUUACAGAUUCAGAAUCUGAGUACUCAUCAUCAUCUUCAAAUGACGUGUUGGACGAAGUGGAUGAUGGUUGUACAGCGAGAACUGAUCAAAUUGUGACCCGAAGCUCUCAAGCAAUUUCUUUUGAGCCAGGUCGCUCCUUUGCAUUUCACAUUGAGCAAGCCACGAAGUUCGGUCGCAAAUCUGCUAAUUUUUAA